GAGCACCUUGAAAGCACUUCCUGCACGCUCUGGGCCUUCUCUUUCCCCCCAGUGCCUCCCAGAACAGCUGAAGAUGUGCCUGGGUGGCUGCGAGGGCACCUCCCUCCCCUGCUGCUUCCACUGCAGCCAGUGCCAGCCUGCUUGUGUUCUGAGCAGGUUCCUUGGGGAGGGCAGCUCUGCAUCUCGGGGAGCUUUGCCCCUCACCUCAGCCCAGGUGGGAUCUCCAGAGGGAAGCCGCUGGAUGCAGACGUGAGCACUCAGAUCCCUGCUCUUCAUCGACCCUGCAGAGCCCGGUGGUUUUAAGGAACGUUCAUUGCAAAGGUACAACACAGACAUGCUGAUGGCAGCGUUCCUGCUCCCCCUGCUCCUUGUGCUCCUCAGCCACUGCCACGAGGUGUCCUGGACAUACAAAGGAGAGGGGGAGCUGGACGAGGAGCACUGGGCACAGCACUUCCCCGACUGUGCUGGCCAGCAGCAGUCCCCCAUUGACAUCCAGAGGAGGAAGGUGAGGUACAACCCCUCGCUGCAGCUGGAGCUCGGUGGCUACGAUGAGCCCCUGCAGGGGCAGCUCAGGAUGACCAACAAUGGCCACUCUGUUCAGAUCGACUUGCCACCCACCAUGAACAUCUCCCGAGGGCUGCCAGGUGUGUACACAGCUGUGCAGAUGCACCUGCACUGGGGAGGGCUGGACCUGGAGAGCAGCGGCUCGGAGCACACCAUCGACGGCAUGCGCUACUUCGCUGAGCUGCACAUUGUCCACUACGACUCUGCUAACUACUCCAGCUUUGAGGAAGCCAAGGACAAGCCCCAGGGGCUGGCUGUGCUGGCCUUCCUGUACACGGAUGGGCACUUUGAGAACACCUACUACAGCGAAUUCAUCUCCAAACUGGCGAGGAUCAGGUUUGCAGGUCACUCCACAACUCUCAGCUCCCUGGACAUCCAAGCCAUGCUGCCAGAAAACCUCUCCCACUUCUACAGGUACCAGGGCUCCCUGACCACCCCUCCGUGCUCCGAGAGCGUCAUCUGGACCAUCUUCCACUCGCCCAUUGUCCUGUCCCACACUCAGGUGCAGCUGCUGGAGAACACGCUGCUGGACUGGCACAACUGCACCCUGCGCAACGAUUACCGGCACGCGCAGCCGCUGCGGGGCCGCGUGGUGGAGGCAUCCUUCCGAGCCCGGCGGGGCCAGGGUGUGUGCCGGCCCUGCCCUGGCGGUGUCACACCUCCGGGGCAGCUGGUGCCACCUGGCACCACUUGGAAAAUGCAGCUUGUGCAGGUGCCAGCCCUCUGUAAGUGCAGCUCUCUGAUUGCUCCAGCACAGUGUGAUCCAGAGGAAUUCACCCUCAGGCUGGACCAAAUCCAGAUGCAGCUCCAGGACAUGAAGAGAGAGUUGCUGAAUGGACUGAGCCACACGGAUACCAACUCCAGCACCUUUCCAGCUUUCUACUUCCCCGUGGAAAACGUUGAGAGCUGUGUGGAGGUGCAUCCCCUCCGUGCCGUGUCCCUGCAAGCCCUCACGCUGUGCUUUUGGAGCAGAGCCCAGCGCCAGGGCAGCCAGACCGUCCUGUCCUACUCCACCGGGGAGAGCGAGCACGAGCUGGAGGUGACCGUGGGCGCAGAGCUGGGGCUCUGGCUGGGAGGGCACUUCCUCAGCUUCCCCCUGCAGCACGGGGCGCAGGGCUGGCUGCACCUCUGCGUCACCUGGGCAGCCCCGGAGGGAACGGCCACGCUCUGGCUCAACGGGGCCGCUGGCAAAGCCAGGAGCAUCCAGAAGGGCUACGUGACCCGGGCCGGGGGCUCGCUGCUGCUCGGCAAGGCCAGGGACCCUCUGCUGGGCACGUUCUCCAACGGCCUGGCGGGCUGGCUGAGCCGGGUGAGCCUGUGGAGCAGGGUGCUCAGCGCCGCCGAGGUGCGGGCGCUGGCGCUGUGCAGGGCAGGGCAGCCCACGGGGGAUGUCAUAGCCUGGGGACAGACCCCCAUGGCCCUGCUCGGGGGGGUCCUGCUGCAGCCUGACACCAGCUGCCAGUGA